AUGAAAGCUCUUCUUAUAUUUUUAUUCAUAUUGCUCUCAAAUUAUUAGGGCGCAUUGACCCAAUGAAAAGGUACAAAACAAUAACCUCACAAAUCAAAUGAAAAGGUACAAAACAAAAACCUCACAAAUUAUUAAGACGUAUUUCACUAUUCUCAAAACAUAAAACCAUUGUAAAAACGAGUAUCUAAAGUUUGAAAUUUUAAUUUAGUCCGUACUUAAAUAAGAGCAAAUGACAAAAAAAAAAAGAAAAAAACCACCUCUUAGUUAUGAUUAUAAGAGUUGAAAGUAAAAUUACAAAUAAGUGUAAUUUACGGUGAUCUUUGUAAAUUUUCCAUUAAAUUUAAUUAUCCAAAAGAAAAGGAAGAGUGCAGCAAAGAGUAAAGAAUUCAAACAUUAACUUGUAGCGCGCUCGAGGCCAGAAAAAAGAAACCAACCAAAGCAAUAAGCAUGCGGAAGGGGCAAUCGCGCCAAUGGAUUGAUCCAAGUGCCGCUUUAAACCAAUUCCUUCGACACGUUCCCUUUCCACUACACUUCACCGCUUUCCUUUCUCCCUAAAUAUUACACUGCCUUGCCUUCCUUCCCGCAUGCAAAAGCCCCGCCGUAAUCACCACUGCCGCCUCCCCCUCAUGCCUUCCACCGUUCCACUUCGCGAAGACUCUUGGACUUUUGACCAUACUUCCACUCUCAUCCAUGCCUGGGGUCAACGUCAUCUCGAUUUGAACCGCGGUAGUCUUCGCCAUAAACACUGGCAAGAGAUCGCCGAUGCUGUCAACUCCAGCCAUGGCCACGACAAGAAGUUCUUUCGUACGGCUAUUCAGUGUAAAAACCGUAUCGAUACGCUUAAGAGGAAGUACAAAAUCGAGAAGGCGCGAAUUCAAGAAUCCGGCGGUGAGUACGUUUGCGCUUGGCCGUUUUUCUCAUGCCUUGACGAUCUUAUAGGGAAUAGCCAUAAGGCUUCGACGUCGGUCUCCGUGUCUAACUCUCAAUCCUCGCCGGUUACGACUCCGAGAUUGUCGCUGUUCUCGAAGGUCCCGGUUGCUCCUCGAUCCGUAAUUAAGAAGCGUCGUUCGACUCACGUUUAUAGGAGUUUUUGCGACUCCUACCUUCGUCGGGAUGUGAACUUGAAUGAGGAUGAAGGAAAAGAUGGUUUAGAAUCUGAUAAUUCGCUCUCGAGUUCAAGUUUCAAGGACAGAGAGGUAGGUUAUAGAAAACUGGCCGAGGCAAUAAGGACGAUUACCGAUAUUUAUGAGAGAGUGGAGGCAGAAAAACAGAGGCAGGUGGUGGAAUUGGAGAUGCAACGAAUGCAAUUCACGAAGGAUUUAGAGUAUCAGAGAAUGCAACUUCUUCUGGACAUACACCUCAAGUUUCAAAAGAUCAAACGCGCCAGGCGAGCUUCUGAAGCCGAUUGUUACACGUAGCCAACGAAGUAUAUAGUAAAGACUUCUUUCAUUAUUUGAAAUAAUGAAAGAAGUUGUUUUCAUCUCAGAAAAAGGAAAAACCCAAAGUAGCAAAGACGUCGAUGUUUAUUACUUUUGUGAAAAACACACAUGCACAGCUUUGAUGCAGGCCAUGAUUUCUGCUAGUUUCGGCCGGAGGAUCUGGUGGUGGAAACGGAAUGGAACAAGUUUUUGGAUUAACCACCAUUUCCUCCCUUUUUGUGAAGUUUCCAACAGCUUACGUGUGAGUAAUUACCAAUCUAAUCACCUGCUUAUUUUGUUCAUCUGAAUCAGCUACCCAAAUAUAUAUAUAUAUAUAUAUAUAUAUAGUUGUGUUAUAUUUGUUGGUGAGUAUUCUAUAUUUCUCCCUACAAGUUCUGUGCAUAUUAUAUGUAUCUAUGUAGGUGUGUAUAUAUAUAUAUAUAUAUAUAUAUAUAUAUUUACAGUAUGUCUAUUUUCAUAUUUAAUCUUAAUGUGAAUAUCUUUAAAUUUAAAUAAACUAUUGUUGGACCAGUAA